CCAGCUUUCUGAGAAACGUAGCCGUCGUCAAUGGAUCUGGCACGCCGAGCAAACUGACACGCCAGUGACGUUCGUCACACAGACACUCUGUAGGUGCGGGCUGCUGAACGUACGCUUUACCUUAACUCUGAUGCCUCAACUCAUUUCAUGAUAAUUCUGUGUUCGCUCGCUUACAUCAACUCAAGAUAAGCUGCAGUCUUGGUUGGCACGUUUUCUAGUGAAGCGUGAAAGGCACGUGAGUGCUCCGGUGGACAAGCCAAGCUGCAGAAAGUUCAGCCACAUCCCAACGAUGAUUCCCUCAGUGCCACCAAUGCAAUCUCGCAGUUGCGUCAACCAUGAAAGGUCUGCACAAGAAGAUGACGUUGACAUCAAAUGUCAACAUUCCGAUUGCGGGCGAAGUGGCAAGUAACAAAACUGUUCCCUCUUUUCGUUCCUCGCUUCUGCCAGUCACGUCGUUCUUAAGGGAUGCCCCAUUCACCGUUUGCGGAACAGCCAGUUAUGUCGCGUUGAUACAAGUCUAGGUACAAUCCGUUCUGCACAGACACAGCCUGUGUAGUCUCAGAAAUUAAAUGAAGUAGUUGGUGCUGCCAGAACUUCGCAGUUACUGGUUCUAUUUGGUGUGUCCAAGGAUUGGGUGAACGGAUACUGAUCGCUUCAUGAGUGUGAGAUAUGAUGACAAUUGAAUCAACCAAUGGUGAUUGCAGACCAAGGAUACCCGAUGCACGUAAACGUCAUGGAGGCAUUGUCUACUGUCACACCAGGACGAGAAUAAUCCGCCCACCGGACGUCCUUAUCUCAUCCAGUAGCAAGCGUCUCCCCUCGCUGUCGUUCCUGUCAUUCAUGAACACGAUGAUAUGAAUUUUGUUUCGAAGACCUUUCGGUGUACAAGCCGGUUACGUUUAGGCGCCGAUAUUUGUGUCGGGUGCCCGGCAGCUUGAUGCCCCUCUCGUCCUUCCAUCUCCAAGACCCGGCGCUUUUGGGAGGUCUAUGAACGUAUCCCCUGUUGAAAUUUAAAGAAAAUGGAAAACUCAACCUCCACGUUUGUCCAGUCAUUGAAACGAGUUCUAAGACACUAGAACCGUCUCAGCCGAGAAUACGUUUUAUUUAGUACACUGGUGACUUCGAGAGUCUCAGACACUACCAAGCUAUGCUUUAGGAUACUGUUCCGUUUAUUUGUACACAGCCGAGAGGACCUAAGCUUCCCCUACACGAGCUUCUUUCAAACCGACUUCAUUCCUGUUUCAAAGAGACUUUGAGUCUGUUUGAGAGAAUAGCCACAUCAUCACUAACUUUUACGCCGUGUCGAUCAUUUGAGAGUGUAGUCCAGGCGUGAGCGACCAACGCACGUUUGAUAUCUGUGCACCGGUCCAUUGGCUGUCUUUUCAUGCUCGCACACCACGUAGCGAGCCAAAGAAAGUGGUGGAGGGGGGCCACUUAUUCAUAACAUCCCAUUUACGUCGACUUACUUGUUUCUAUUGGUUACCUACAAAAAGGGGCAGCUCUUGUUUCCAAUCUACGACUUAGCGCUUUCGUGUAAACGGUUUCCCGGCAAUCGCGAGUUCCUUGUGAUUAUAUCCACUUCACUGCUUGAUUCAAACACUUCUCUACAUUUGCGCCGUUCCGCGCUCAUUCCUCCCAUCAGUGGCCCGGAAAAUUUAAACAAUGUCCCCGAAAUCAUUACUUUUCCACUUCAUGUUCAGAAUUUGUAAGGUCCACUUUUUUCCGGGAAUAGACAGGUAAAUGGCUCUUCAGAUGGCUGGAGGAAAGACCUUGAAACCGUAUUGCUUCUGAUUUUCUGAGACAUGAGCCUGAUCUACCUGCUGGCCGGCUGGUCACGACGAAAGUCCAACAUGCUGACGUUUCAUGUUUCGCUACACGGGCCCAAGUCCGAAGGGUGGCUGACACAAAAUGCCUUCAGAAUCGUCUUCGCUCCAUUGCGGAAGCAUUGACUCUGUGGGAUAACGCAUCACCCAACCUUGUGGCUGUUAUAGUUCAAACGUCUCUGUCCUGUUCUGAGCCCAAGUGUUCCUUCGUUUAGCGUGAGAGAUGGUAGCUGCCACAAGAUGCCCGUAGUAUUUGUCAUCUAGGAAAACAACUGUUGACGUGGCACUGCUCGAUGGCCCAUGCUAUUUUGUCCGCUUGGUGGCAAACAUUUGUUCCUAUUCGAAACGCAAAACAAUGCCAGCUCUCGGAGGAGGGUCCCUGAUCGCCUUGACUGCUCUAGGACCAGUGCUUCUCAAAACAUCCUUGCCUGCUGGGGGAGCAGCAGCUGCCAGCACCGUAACCGGAGCUGCUCCUGUUUCAUUAGCAGCAGGUGCGGCAGGGACCGCUGUGGCUGGGGGAGGGAAAGCCGCCGGUGCAGUGUUCCUUUCAAAGGGUGCCGUGACUGCGCUUAAGGGAUCUGGAAGCUUCCUUUCAAAAGCUACAGGAGCGGCGGCUUCCGCUCCUUCAAGUCUAACUGCGACAACCGGGGAAGCAGCGCACAUCGCAUCUCACGGUGCUCACUUCGCUCAUGUGGCGGCAAAAAACACAGGCGGGAGGGGAUUCGCACGUGCAGCAGGAGCUGGAGCAGCUACCUCUCAUCCAGUUGGUGGUUCGCUACAUCCUCAUGUCUCCCCAGUGUCUCACCAUCCUAUAGGCACGACGCCCCAAGGCACCUCUUCGGCGCAGAACACCCACGCACACGUAGCUCGUUACAGAACUGACACUCUUGGCAAUCGAGAUAUCGGGCAACGUGGGCAUGUUCCGACUCGCUCUCCCCAUCCGCAUGGACAGAUGCGAACUACCGACCGGCAUUUGCGUGAGAAUUCCGGUCACGUUCAGGGUCAACGCCCCACAUAUGUCCCUCCAUACGGCAACAGCCAUCAAGGAAACGGUGCUCCUACCGUUCCAAUUGGCAACACAGGGACGGGCGAGACAGCAGUUGCAGAUCCGAUGGCAGGAGCAGAAACGGAGCCGUCAGCUGGAAGCAGGGAGGUGUCCAUGAUCACCACUAUUGCCGGUCUCGCACUCUUGCGGUGGGCCGUGGGGCAGGUGUGCUGUGCAGGCAGCCGAAAGCAAGGCGACCAGGCUGGUAGUGUAGCUUUAAAGCCAGGUAGCCGGCGGUUGGCAAAACGAGUCGCGCGGUGGAGACUCGAAGAAGAGGUCGUCGUUGUUCUUAAAGAUGAGGACCACGUGGUGGGCACGGGGACUGCGAAGGACCGUGACACAAACAUGGUUCCUGUAUCGGUCACGGAAAACGCGGGACACCUGCCAGCAAUAAAUGUGCACGGUGCAGGCAAGAUAGACAAGGCACCCUGCAGCUAUAAGACGUUAAGCAAAGGGGACGUAGGACGCAGUAAGGAAGAGAUGACCGAUUCAGUUGAUGGAGUCCUUUCCCAUCUAGAGAGUGAGACGACCGCAUCAGCCGGGGGCGAAGAUGACGCUGAGAAAGACCGCCAAAACAGUGGGCAUGAGGAGGGGAUUCUAGGCACACCGGAAAUCCCUGAAACACACGUCAGUUCUGCCACCGCUCACAGGUUCACUUACAUCCGCCGCCGACGUGGUCGGAUGGCCAAUUUUCUGUAAUACAUUACAAGUAACUCGCAUCUUUGCAUAAUUGACGUGCCUGUUUCUAGCAGCCUCAUCGUUUCGACAUUUCCUGAUUACAGAAUUUACAUGGAUGGAACGAAGGAGUUUGACCUUGUGGGGCGAGGCAGUCUAACCGUGAAAGGUGACGGAAUAAUACACCUGUUCUCCAAAAUUGUUUCGACAAUUCUUCAUUUCCCUUCGUUCGUGACUGGCGCAACGGCAAAAACUGGAGACAAAAAAAUGGUUCUAGCAAGGCGCUCUCCGUGUGUGACAUGUCCGUUGUAUUUCUUGUCUCUACGCGCUGGUGAUGGCAAAGCCAGCCUGAAUAGUCAGCCGUUUGUGCUUUGUUCGUGCGUUUGGCCAUUCUGGUCAGGGGAGUCCCUCUUUGGAAACAAAACUUGCAAGCCUUUCCGAAAAACAUUUUUGAUUGCCUCUGUACUCUGCGGUUGAUGAACUAUUUAAACAGCUAGAGUUACUGUUUCCUCAAACUUUUGGUUCCCCCGAGUGGAGAAUGUAGCUCGUCCCCAACUUUAACGUUUGAAGUCCUCUUGAGUUUAUUGAUCUGCUUCCACUCCUGCCAGCCUGUGUGCGUACACUAUGUG